GACAGAUGACUGAUUGGAAGUGGCAGAUUCAGAGUGGAUCGUUUGACUGACAAUUGACACUAGUUGACAUAUGUAGUAUGUUUAUAAUUUUUGUCAAUAAAGGAGGAUCGAAUUAAUCUUUAUUGAAAAAUAAAUCUUGUCGCCAAGAAAAGCCACGUAGAACUCGGGGAUAGAAGCUGCUGCAGUUUAUUAUGGCUUAUUUGUUAAUAGUGCGAGCUUAGUGUAUUAGAUAGAAGUCGGUGUGAUUGUGUCAUAAACAUAAGCGCGCGCUAGGCGUGAGCGGGUGUCGUGCUUAGAUGAGGUGGUGGCGGGUCGCGGGCUGCGGCCAGUGACGGCGCCAUGGAGAGCCACUCCGACUCGGAGCGCGAGCGAGCCGCGUCCGGCGACAACAGCGCUGCUGAGGGAGAUGGAGACCGAGGACGCUACAGCCUGAUGGUGCGGUGCGCGUCGCAGUCGUCGCUGGACGAGUCGUCGCAGCGCGCGGCGGCGGGCGCGGGCGGCGGCGGCGGCGGGGCGCAGCGCCUGCUGGCGGCGCUGGCGCGGCGGCGCGACGCGGCGCUGUGCGACGUGCGCCUGCUGGCGCGCGCCGACCGCCGCGCCGCCCGGCCCGCCGCUGCCGCGCACCGCGCCGUGCUGGCCGCCGCCUCGCCCUACUUCCACGCCAUGUUCACGCAGUUCGACGAGAGCACGCAGCCCGGGUCAUCCAGGUGCGCUCCGCCCGCCCGCCCACCCGCCCGCCCGCCCCGCCCGCGCUCACCGCCACGUGCCGCUCCGUUGCAGAACGUGGAGCCGCAGGCGCUGGAGACCAUCGUGGAGUACGUGUACGCGCCCGAGUCGCUGGUGAUCUCGGAGGACAACGUGCAGGGGCUGCUGGCGGCGGCGUCGCUGCUGCAGGUGUCGGGCGUGCGGGCGGCGUGCUGCGUGUUCCUGGCGGCGCUGCAGCCCGACAACGCGCUCGGCAUCCGCGCCUUCGCCGAGCUGCACGCCUGCGCCGACCUCAGCCUGGCCGCCGCGCGCUUCAUCGAGAACCGCUUCGUGGAGGUGCUGGACACCGAGGAGUUCCUGGCGCUGGCGCCCGACACGCUGGCGCAGCUGCUGGACAACGACCGCAUCACGGUGCCCAGCGAGGAGGUGAUCCUGGACGCCGUGGUGCGCUGGAUGCAGCAGGCGCCGGGCCCGCGGGCGCCGCACCUGGGCGAGCUGCUCGAGCACGUGCGGCUGCCGCUGCUGGCGCGGGACGCGCUGGCCCGCGCCGCCGCCGAGCCGCUGGCCAGCGCCGGCCUGCGCGAGGACCUGGUCAUCGAGGCGCUGUCCUACCACCUCAUGCGGCCCGAGCGCCGCGCCGCCUGCGCCGCCGUGCGCCGCGCGCGGCCCCGCCAGCCGCCGCGGGCGCCCACGCUGCUGGUGGUGGGCGGCCAGGCGCCCAAGGCCAUCCGCGACGUGGAGGCCUACCACCUGGGCGGCCGCUGGCGGCCCGCCGCCGACCUGCUGACGCGCCGCUGCCGCGCCGCUGCCGUCGUGGGCGGCAAGGUCUACGCCGUCGGCGGCUUCAACGGCACCCUGCGCGUGCGCAGCGUGGACGUGUACGACGUGGGCACGGACACGUGGGCUGCGGGCCCGCCGCUGUGCGCGCGGCGCAGCACGCUGGGCGUGGCCGUCAUCGGGCACGUGAUCUACGCCGUGGGCGGCUUCGACGGCGCCACCGGGCUCAGCUCGGCCGAGGCGCUGGAGCGCGAGGGCGUGUGGCGGCCCAUCGCGCCCAUGUCCACGCGCCGCUCGUCCGUGGGCGUGGGCGUGCUGGGCGGCCGCCUGUACGCCGUGGGCGGCUACGACGGCGCCUCGCGCCAGUGCCUGCAGUCCGUGGAGCGCUACGACCCCGCGGCCGACGCCUGGGAGCGCGUGGACGACAUGGGCGCGCGCCGCUCGGGCUGCGGCGUGGGCGUGGUGGACGGCGCGCUGUACGCCGUCGGCGGCCACGACGGGCCCGCCGUGCGCCGCUCGGUGGAGCGGUGGGCGGGGGCGGGCUGGGUGGCCGCGCCGCCCAUGCACGCCGCGCGCCGCAACGCCGCCGUGGCCGCGCACCUGGGCCGCCUGUACGUGGUGGGCGGCGACGACGGCGCCGCCAACCUCAGCUCCGUCGAGGUGUUCGACCCCGCCGCCGGCGCCUGGGCGCUGCUGCCCGCCACCAUGUCGGUGGGCCGCUCCUACGCCGGCGUGGCCGUGGUGGAGCAGGCGGGCGCCUGAUACCGGCCGGGG